UAUUAGAAGAUACGAAUGCCAAGUCCAUGGCAUUCAUAAAUCCUAUAAUUAAAUUAGUGUAGUUUACUCUGUAUGUUCCACUUGUCACCACUGUAUCGGAUCGAUCAGGAUUUUAAUUACUGGGAUGUGAAAAUGUAUCGGUUUUGACAGUUUUGCAUGCAUUUUUCCGUUUUUAUCAAAUUUUUUGUCGGUUUUUCAGUUUUGGAUAAUUUCCACGGUUUUGUGGUUUCUAAUAGGCCCCAAUGCCCCCCUCUGACAAGAAAAUUACAAAAAUGCGGUUUUGAACGAACAUGACAGUUCUGGGUUACGUAACUCCUGUGAGGUUUAAAGCUAAUCAACAUAACAACGACCCGCAAACUACUUGCAACACAAUCAUGGACAGCAAACUUUAUGGCCAUGUUCAACGGACUCUUUCCGGGCAGCGAACCACCAAUACUUAUGGUGUUGGUCAAUGGAUUCCUUCUGACCAGAAAGUUCUUGACAAAUGGUUAACCAACUUGAUAACAGAAGUCAAAAUUAAAUCCAAAGAUAAGUUAGAGUUAUUGCUGGUUCUUCAUCCACCAGCUGAAGAUGAAGAUACAGCUAGAGCUGAAACUCAGCCGGUAGUUGCUAACGGCAAAGAAGAAGACCUCGGUCUCCAUCCACCGGUUCAAGAAUUAUUGAAAGCUAUCAUAUCCGACCCCAAAAUCUACAUGUUCUUCCAUCAGAUGUUCCAGCAACAGUACACUGAGCUCCCACAUAUUUCGGAAAGGACAAAGAUUUCUAGCUGGCAAUUGAUGAUUAUAUUAAUUGACUACAUCAUGACAACAGCUCCAGAGUACAGCAAAGCUGGUUUGGUUAGUUUCCCCAUCAACGCAAUCCUGAACUGGCCGAUGGCUACGACUGCUGGAUUUGCUGCUUUCCUCGACGACAAAGUCAACACAUUGUUCAAAAGUAUUCUCAACUAUUGGGGAAAGUUUCUUUCCAGUUCUGCUUCUUGUUACGUGUUGAAUGAAAAUCCUCGUCAUGGUUGGUUUGGUGAAGAUGCAAUGCAAGCAAUGCCAAACUUCGACCAAGAGUUUAAAUGUAAACCUAAUGAAAAACAUUAUGGUUUUACAUCAUGGGAUGAUUUCUUCACGAGAGAGUUUCGUGAUGGCAUUCGUCCAGUAGAAUCUCCGGACGACGAUUCCAUUGUUGCGAAUGCUUGUGAGUCGGCGCCAUAUCAGAUCUCUACAGCCGUGAAACACAGGGACUUCUUCUGGAUAAAGCACCAACGGUACUCAUUGGACUUCAUCCUGAACAUGAGUGACCUUGCCAAGCAAUUUUAUGGUGGAACCGUCUACCAAGCGUUCCUAAGGGCCACCAGUUAUCACCGAUUUCACAGUCCUGUGUCCGGUACCAUUUACAAGACAGAACUCGUGGAUGGUUCUUAUUAUUCUGCAACCCACGACAUUCAGGAUGACCCUGCAUCGCCCAACAUGUCACGAGGAUACAUAGCCCAAGUAGCUGCCAGAGGUAUUAUCUACAUUCAAGCUGACAAUCCCGAUAUUGGCUUAAUGUGCUUCGUAUCAAUCGGUAUGUCAGAGGUGUCCUCCAACGAAAUCACCGUUGAAGAAAAGGAUAAAGUGAAGAAAGGUGACCAGCUCGGUAUGUUUCACUUUGGUGGGUCCACGUAUCUACUGAUAUUUCGCCCUGAAGUAAACAUCAAGUUCGAUACGAGAGGUCAAAUGCCAGGUCUAGAUACCGAAAAUAUUCCGGUUAAAUCGAAAAUUGCAACCGUGCAUCCAGCAAUCUAAGCAACUAUAAGUAAGGAUUUUGAUAAACAGAUUGAUUUUAUCAGUGUUCAGUAUGAACAUAACAAUUCUCUUUCUUUCCUCUUAGGAAAAGUCUUUUUGUAAUAAUGAAAUUGAGUUUUUUUUUUAUCAAAGGUUAUCAUUUUUUUUUAUCAAAGGAUAUCAUUUUAGCUAAAUUUAGAAGUGUUUGGCAAUUAUUUAAAUUAGGAAUGUUCUGCGGGCUUAGAUUUUGUGAAUAAUUUAGGCAUGCUAGAUUAUCCUGGAAUCCUUAUGGAGUCUUGUGAGCCUUGGUUUGUUAUGUGCUGCAGCAAGACCACACAUUUAUAUUCACCUUUUGAGUGACUGGUCCUCAACCGUUGUGAUAGGCCUUAAUUUUUGUACGAUAAUCGUCAUCGAUAGUCGUGUUUGGGUUUGUCCUUGCUUAGAGUCCUCAGCGGGAAGUUUUGUUCAAGGUUUUAGUUCUCGAGGUUUGGAAGUUUUUUAAACCACCAGCUGUUUUUUCGAAUGUAUCGUGAAAUUAUUCGUGUAUUUGAAAACAGUCCAAUAAUAUGUGGAAAAAACCCUUUUUAUGCAAAUCUUUUUGUGCCACGAGCAUAUCUAAUAAUUGAUGGUGUAUUUUCAAACCGAAGCAUUUAAUCACUUAAUCAAGCAUUUGCGAUGGCAUUUUUAAUAAUAAUUACGAACCAAAAGUUUCUUAACUCACAUUUGGAGCGAAAGGUAUUCCAUACCAUGGUUUACCGAAAGUGCGAUUAUAGAGAACUUAAUCCUCGAUGUGUACAUUACCACUUCG